GUGGAAGGAGGGAGGAGAAGGGCGGGGCACGGAGGCCCAAGCGAGGAACAGACUCCAACUCUGACUUUUUCCGCUGCUCUCGGAGUCUGGACUCAGCCCCCAUUCUCCAAGAGGAUUCGGGCAUCUCACCUGCCCCUGUGCCAACCUCUUGAAACGACCAUAUCCUGAUGUCCCCUACCCCAGGCUUCCACUGCAGCCAUGUCACUCCUCCUGCUGGUGGUCUCUGCCCUUCACAUCCUCAUUCUCAUCCUGCUUUUCGUGGCCACUUUGGACAAGUCCUGGUGGACCCUCCCAGGGAAGGAGUCCCUGAAUCUCUGGUAUGACUGCAUGUGGACCAAUGACAACAAAACGUGGACCUGCAUUAAUGUCAGCGAGAAUGGCUGGCUGAAGGCAGUGCAAGUCCUCAUGGUGCUUUCCCUUAUCCUCUGCUGUCUGUCCUUCAUCCUGUUCAUGUUUCAACUCUACACCAUGCGGCGAGGAGGACUCUUCUAUGCCACUGGCCUCUGCCAACUUUGCACCAGCCUGACGGUUUUUACCGGGGCGCUGAUCUACGCCAUUCACGUGGAGGACAUCCUGGAGAAGCGUGCGGCCAAGGGCACCUUCGGUUACUGCUUCGCUCUAGCCUGGGUGGCCUUCCCCCUCGCCCUGGCCAGUGGUGUCAUCUACAUUCACCUGCGGAAGCGGGAGUGAGCGCUGCGCCUCGCUGUGCCGCUCCAGCCCGCUCCCGGACUCUCUGCCUCACCCCGCCUUCGGAAAAUAAAACUGUUUAACUGC